CGCCCCGCCCCGCCCCGCGCGUCACCUCGGGCGGGAAGCACAAAAUGGCGGCGGUGCCCGGUUUCUACGCUAACUGGCUAUUGCAAGAUGUCAGCAGUGCACAGCCCUAGGUGACCUGCCACCCUCAGAUGUCACCUGCAGGAUCAUCCAGUGAGAAACAGGUGGUUUAAGCCUGUUUAAACGACGCCGAGGUCUGCCUGGCCGCUGAGCAGUCAGGGAGCUGCCACCAUGGAGGACGUGGAGUCACGCUUUGUGCACCUCCUGCAGCCCAUCCGCGACCUCACCAAGAACUGGGAGGUGGAUGUGGCCAGCCAGCUUGGGGAGUACUUGGAGGAGCUGGAUCAAAUCUGCAUUUCCUUUGACAAUGGCAAAACCACCAUGAACUUUGCAGAAGCGGCCCUGCUGAUCCAGGGCUCUGCCUGCAUCUACAGUAGGAAGGUGGAGUAUCUCUACUCACUGGUCUACCAGACGCUCGACCUCAUCUCCAAUAAAAAGCGGGAAAAACAGCCCAGCUCCGUGGGGCCUGAUGGCAAAGACGCCGACGCGACCUUUGGGGCUGAGGAGAAGGAGGAGUUCCUCUCCCUGGACGACAUCGAGGACAGCAGCCAGGCGAGCGUGGACAUGAAGAAGGAACAUCAGCCCAACGCUGUGAACAUUGUUCCCUUGACUCCGAUGUCUUUGGUCCCCCUGGAAGAGGCCGAGAAGAGAGACAACCCUCUGUUUAGCCGGAAAGGGGAGAUGCUCGGAAGCCGGAAGGAUUUUCGUAUGAACACCUGCACCCCUCAUGCCACUGGAGCUUUCCUGCUGGAGCUGGCAGGCCUCUCCCCCACCUGCCUGCAGCAGCGGCAGUGUGAGAGGAGCCCCAGCAGAGCGGCAGCAGGAGUGCCGUCCUGCGUCCUCGGCAGCCCGAGGGAGAGUGUGAGCAUUGGUGGGGCUCCCAUCCAGGCGCUGAGCUUCUCUGAAGACGGAGGGCCAGACGAUGACAACAGCAGAGGGGACGACGUGGAAAUGGCUCCAGUUGCUAAUGAACACAUCGAGGCGCAGAGGAAUGCGCCCCGGCCGAAGGGGUACAUGCUGCGGGAGCGAGCCCCUGCUGAGGAACCCAAAGCCCACAUCAAGGAGAUGCUGGAUCCAUGGCAAAGCCUCGACCCCUUCGGUGACUCUGAGGACAAACCGUUUAAGAAAGGGAGGCCCUUCCUGGUGCCGCACGGCCUGGACGACGUGGUUGGUGGCAAGCGGAAGAGGAAGGGAUCGAGGAAGCUCCAGGACUUCAUGAAAUGGUUCUCUGCAGCCUACAACAACGUUCCCGACAGCAGGAAACCCAAGAGGAAAGGGCCGACAUUUGCAGAUCUGGAGGUGCUGUACUGGAAGCAGCUGAAGGAGCGGAUGGCGGCGCAGAGGAAGUUGCAGGGCCAGGCGGGUCCGCUGCGGACGCUGCCGGCGCCACUGCCGUGCGAAGAGGAGCUGGAUCUGCUGGAGGAGGAACGCGGGGCUGACUGCUAUGAAGGAGCAGUAGAUGAUUUCGUGGAGCAUGAGGACAUACAGCCUGAGGUCCAGGAGGAGCUGGGUGAAAGAGCCACAGACCCCCAUGACCUGGACUCACUGGGCUAUGAGGAGCUGGUGCGCAGGAAUGUGGAGCUGUUCAUCGCCAACUCCCAGAAGUACAUGCAGGAGACGGCGCUGUCCCAGCACAUCCGCCGCUGGGAGGAGCAGAUGGGGCCACUGCUGCAGGAGCAGGAGGAGCGAGCCCCCUUCGACAUCCACAGCUAUGGGGACAUGCUGGUGAGCAGCUGCGGGCGCCUGGGGGAAUGGCACUCCUUCGCCAGCCUGGUGGCAGGGCAGCCCCCCUUCGAGGUGUGCCGCUACAUGCUGGCCUCCCUCCAACUGGCCAACGACUACAUGGUGGAGCUGGCACAGAGCCCGGGGCUGGACACAGGGCUGGACACGGCACGGCUGCGGCUCCUCACCCAUGAGCGGGCGCAGGAUCGCUUCCGCGCCUUCCAGCUCCCCUCCGCCUGCUCCUCAGCGGGGGAAACCUCCCAGGUAUCCCCUUCCCCAGCCCCCCAGAACCCUGAGAAUUAAACUCUGACUCCAGUAAA